AAAGGGAAUCUGUUUAUGACCAGAGAAGACGUUUUGUUGUUCCUUCCUCAACUGCGUGUUCUAACCCCGAUAGCAGGAGUCCUUGUGUAUAUUUUACAGAUUGAAUCAUGUCUUUGGAGAUUGAAUCCGCAGAUGUGAUCCGUCUGAUCAUGCAGUACUUGAAGGAGAACAGUCUUCACCGUACGCUGGCGACGCUCCAGGAGGAAACGACCGUCUCGUUGAACACCGUGGACAGUAUCGAGAGCUUCGUGGCUGACAUCAACAGCGGCCACUGGGACACUGUGCUGCAGGCCAUCCAAUCCCUCAAGCUGCCCGACAAAACCCUCAUAGACCUCUAUGAGCAGGUGGUACUGGAGCUGAUUGAAUUGAGAGAGUUGGGUGCAGCUCGUUCGCUCCUGCGUCAAACGGACCCCAUGAUCAUGUUGAAGCAGACACAACCUGAGAGAUACAUCCACCUGGAGAACCUGCUGGCCAGAUCCUACUUCGACCCACGUGAGGCAUAUCCCGACGGCAGCAGUAAGGAGAAGAGAAGGGCAGCCAUUGCUCAAGCUCUGGCUGGUGAAGUCAGCGUGGUGCCCCCCUCACGUCUGAUGGCCCUGCUAGCCCAGUCUCUGAAGUGGCAGCAGCACCAGGGUCUGCUUCCUCCUGGUAUGACCAUCGAUCUGUUCAGAGGCAAAGCUGCCGUCAAAGACGUGGAGGACGAGAGGUUUCCCACGCAACUCAGCAGGCACAUUAAGUUUGGACAGAAGUCGCACGUGGAGUGUUCUCGGUUCUCUCCUGAUGGUCAGUACCUGGUGACCGGUUCCGUGGAUGGCUUCAUUGAAGUGUGGAACUUCACCACCGGCAAGAUCAGGAAGGAUCUGAAGUACCAGGCUCAGGAUAACUUCAUGAUGAUGGACGAUGCUGUGCUCUGCAUGUGCUUCAGCCGAGACACAGAGAUGCUGGCCACUGGAGCGCAGGACGGCAAGAUCAAGGUGUGGAAGAUCCAGAGCGGCCAGUGUCUGAGGCGGUUUGAGCGCGCUCACAGCAAAGGAGUGACCUGCAUCAGCUUCUGUAAGGACAGCAGCCAGAUCCUCAGCGCAUCGUUCGACCAGACCAUCAGGGUCCAUGGGUUAAAGUCAGGUAAGCUUUUAAAGGAGUUCAGAGGUCACGCGUCCUUCGUAAAUGAUUCAACCUUCACCCCAGACGGACAUCACAUCAUCAGCGCAUCAUCAGACGGAACUGUGAAGAUUUGGAACGUAAAGACCACGGAAUGCUCAAACACCUUCAAGUCAUUAGGAACAUCUGCUGGAACCGACAUCACCGUCAACAACGUCAUCCUUCUGCCCAAGAACCCUGAACACUUUGUGGUGUGCAACCGCUCCAACACCGUGGUCAUCAUGAACAUGCAAGGCCAGAUCGUGCGUAGUUUCAGCUCCGGUAAGCGUGAGGGAGGUGACUUUGUGUGCUGCUCUCUGUCUCCGAGAGGCGAAUGGAUCUACUGCGUGGGAGAGGACUUUGUGUUGUACUGUUUCAGUACAGUCACCGGCAAACUGGAGAGAACCCUCACGGUCCAUGAAAAGGAUGUGAUUGGCAUUGGCCACCACCCUCAUCAGAACCUUAUUGCCACCUACAGUGAAGAUGGCCUCCUGAAACUAUGGAAACCAUGAGGAAGCUCUGCCUCUGAGAGGGUGCUAUGGAAACCAGAAUGGGGGGAGGGGGGGUGUUUGCAGUGUGUUUUUGUAAAUACACUUUUGUUUUAAUUUAGUGCUUGUUACAAGGUACACCUGUCAAAACCAUUUAUUGUUUUUUUUAUUGUUUUUGGUCCGUUGAUACCAAGUGAAAAUGGACUUUGAUUCCUGCCUUUGGAUUUUUUGUUUGUCAUUAAAACCCAUUUUAGUUUACAAA